AACCACAAACAGAACCUCUUUUCUUUCCUUCUUUCACUCUCCUAUUCCAUUAUAUUCAUCAAGCCCAACACCCAAAUCCAAAUCCCUCCUCUUUUCCAAUCUCACACACCAAAUUACAGAAGAAUCAAACAGAAGAGCGGUUGCUCAAAUGUAAAUGCAUCAGAAAAUUUCAGAAACGCAGAUCAGAAAAGAAACUGGAACAAGCAGAAGCAGAAGCAGAAGCAGAGGCAGAGGCAGAGGCAUCUCUUCUGGUUCCAGUAAUCAACAAAUCCAAUCUCAAUCAUACCCACAAAGCCAAUCGAAAAUCCCACUCCUACCCAUUUCACCAAAUCCACCACCACCUACGCUGCUAACCCAACACCCACCUCACUUUCACUUUCACCAUGACCUUCACCAUCCCAUCUCCAGUCAUCCUUCGACAACACAAUCAACACAACCCCUUCUCUCCUCGCCUCACAAAAGACCUACAAUUAUGAAUCUUUCACCUUCUCCUCUCUCUCUUUCUUCUACACUGUCCUCUGUCCGCACUCACCAGCAAUCCAAUUUUAGUCCAACACCCUCUUUUGCCACUCAAUUUUCCAUCAAAACUAUAGCGUAUAAACUAUUUUUCCAUCUAAGCCGUGCCCGUUUGCUGUGUGUGCAUUUGCGGGUCUUAGUUCUUAUUUCUUUGCCUUCUCUUUACUUCUUUUUAUCCAAUCCUAAUCGCUUUGUUAUCCUAAAUUUCGUUUCAAUUCUUGCUUUCUCAGUUACCCUUUUGGUAUCUCUCAAUCUCGCUUUCCCUCGCUUGCCUUCUUUUCGAUUACUUCUCUCCCGUUCAUUACCUAAUAAGCUCAACCCAACAAAUUUAGCAACAAAGGCUUCAAAACCUGUAUUAUGGACUAUUGGGUCCAAAUCAAAAGUAGAGAAGAGGCUAAAUUCGGGGUCUUGGGUUCAAGUUUACAGCAAUGGUGAUGUUUAUGAGGGUGAAUUUCACAAGGGAAAGUGUUCAGGAAGUGGGGUUUAUUACUAUAACAUGAGUGGGAGAUAUGAGGGUGAUUGGGUUGAUGAGAAGUAUGAUGGCCAUGGAGUUGAAACCUGGGCAAAAGGGAGUCGGUAUAGAGGGCAAUAUAGGCAGGGUUUAAGGCAUGGAAUUGGAGUUUAUAGGUUUUAUUCGGGUGAUGUUUACGCUGGAGAGUGGUCUAAUGGGCAAUGUCAUGGGUGUGGGAUCUAUACCUGUGAGGAUGGCAGUAGAUAUGUAGGGGAGUUCAAGUGGGGUGUCAAGCAUGGCCUUGGUCGUUACCAUUUCAGAAAUGGGGACACAUAUGCCGGGGAAUAUUUUGCAGACAGGAUGCAUGGUUUUGGAGUUUAUCAAUUUGGGAAUGGACAUCAAUAUGAAGGAGCUUGGCAUGAGGGAAUGAGGCAAGGGCUCGGCAUGUACACUUUCAGAAAUGGUGAAGUACAAUCUGGUUAUUGGCAAAAUGGUUUUCUUGAUGUCCCCAACUCAGAAACUAGUCUUAACGGAUCUCCUUAUGCUGUUAAUCAUGCCAAAGUUCGCUAUGCUGUCCAGGAAGCGCAGCACGCUGCUAGGAAAGCUUAUGAAGUGGCAAGAAUAGACGAAAGGGUGAAUAGAACCGUUGCAGCAGCAAACAAGGCAGCCAAUGCAGCAAGAGUUGCUGCAGUAAAAGCUGUCCAAAGACAAAUGCCUAAUAACGACAGUGAUGAUGCACCUAAUCCCUGUGUUUGAUCUUGCAAUCAUCAGGGCUUUUUUUUGGAGAUCAUAUAGUUUUUAGCAUUUCAAUUCUGCUGUUAUAAGGAAUGAUAGAAUCAGUAGGUACAUGAGGUACCUACUCGGACCCACAUUCAGCCAUCAAAAGGGAUGACUGAUUGAGGAACGAGAAUGGCUACGACAUUUUUUUUCUUUCGGCUUUCUGUAAAUAUAUUAGUUACUACUUGCAGCUAAUAUUGCAAGUAUUCUUAGAAUAUGCAAGAAAAUUUGAAUAUGGAGUGUGUAGUUUUACCUUUGUAUGUAAACUGCUCAUAUGCCCAUGUGAAAUUGAGUGUACUCAGUUUACCUC